UACGAUCUCGGAAUCGGGGUUAAGCAUUUGCUCAAAAAUAGUAAAAAUCAUUUUGAUUUCCAUGAAAUAAUAUAAUUGAUGAAUAAGAACUGAUGAGAUAAAUAGUAGGACAGCAUAAAUCCUUUGAACUUAGAAUAGAGAAGUGGAACAAGUCUCGGAAAAUGCCACCGUUAUUACGUCAGCCUGCCGCUGUGGUUCGGGUUGCCUUGUCCGGAUCAAAACGAGCACAACGUCUAAUUUCAACUUCAGUUUGCUCCAGACAUCUUAUACAAAGGAACUGCCUUAAAUCACAUCAUCUGAGUAGGUUAGCGAUACCUGUGCAAUGCAGAGCAUUGAGUACUUCUCUACCCCAUCUUUCCACCUCGGGAGAUGAUGAUGGGUCAAAGAAUGACCCACCUCCACCAGCCAGGAGAUCAUCCAGGGGUGGAGGAAGCAGCAGCAGCGGGGACGGCGGAAACAAAUCAAACCAGCUUAGUUGUCCGAAGUGUGGUGAUCCAUGUACCCAUGUUGAAACAUUUGUCUCUUCUACACGUUUUGUAAAGUGUGAAAAGUGCCAUCAUUUCUUUGUGGUGUUGUCCGAAUCAGAUAGUAAGAAGAGUAUGAAAGAAACUGUCGCUCCUAAAUCAGAUAGACCACCUCCACCACCACCAAAGAAGAUUUUUGAGUACUUGGACAAGUACGUUGUUGGUCAGUCACAAGCCAAGAAAGUGUUGUCAGUAGCUGUAUAUAAUCAUUACAAGAGAAUUUACAACAACAUCCCAGCACCAGCCCAGAAGAAUGGAGGAGAUGCUGAGGGCAAAGGUCAGAGUGGAAACUUCACUCCCAGGGAACUCUUACAGCUUGCUGGUAUCAGCAACCAGGGCAAUGCAUUAGGAGCUUCAUCUGGUCAACAAGGAGGCCAAGGUCCAACUGAAACGGACCAUCAACACAGAGGCAGUGAACUUCUCUACGCCAAUGUCUUUGAUUUGAAGCUGGACAAAAGCAAUAUCCUCAUGCUUGGACCAACUGGAUCAGGGAAAACCUUAUUAGCACAGACGAUAGCCACUUGUCUUGAUGUGCCCUUUGCCAUCUGUGACUGCACCACUCUGACACAGGCUGGGUAUGUAGGUGAAGACAUCGAGUCUGUUAUAGCCAAACUUCUCGCUGAUGCCAACUUCAAUGUAGAAAAAGCACAACAAGGUAUAAUCUUCCUGGAUGAAGUAGACAAGAUUGGAGCCGUCCCUGGGAUCCAUCAGCUCCGGGAUGUAGGUGGAGAAGGCGUCCAGCAGGGUCUCCUGAAGCUCCUUGAAGGAACCGUUGUCAAUGUCCCUGAGAGGAGUUCAAGGAAGCUAAGAGGAGAGAGUGUCCCUGUGGAUACUACUAACAUCCUCUUCGUUGCUUCGGGUGCCUUCAAUGGACUUGACAGGAUAAUCAGUAGGAGGAAACAACAAAAGUACCUCGGUUUUGGUGCUCCAGCGAACGUGAGUCCAGGCCGCCGAGCGGCUUCCAUCGCUGACCAAACCAACCAAUCAGAAGGCUCCAGUGCCAAGGAAGAUAACGAGGAGAAGGACGCAAUGCUGCGAUUGGUGGAGUCCAGGGACAUGAUUGAGUUUGGUAUGAUCCCUGAGUUUGUGGGUCGUUUCCCAAUCUUUGUCAGCCUGGGCUCGUUAGACGAGGCGAUGCUACAGCGUAUCCUGACUGAGCCGCGCAAUGCCAUCAUACCUCAAUUUGAAGCCCUCUUCAAGAUGGAUUCGUGUCAGCUAACCAUUACCGAUGAUGCCUUGAAAGCUGUCGCUCAGUUAGCCUUAGAAAGAAAGACAGGUGCACGUGGUCUCAGGUCUAUCAUGGAGAAUAUCUUGCUAGAUUCAAUGUUUGAGAUCCCAGGGUCGGACAUCGAGGAGGUGAUCGUUGAUGCCGAGGUCGUCCAGGGUAGGAAGCAGCCAGAGUUCAUUCAAAAGACAACCAGACCCAUAGACUCAGCUCCACCCAUACAAGUAGAAGCCGUCAAAGUUUGAUCAUCACUUCAAACCAAAUCAUACAUUUCCUUUAACAUAAGUUGCCUCAAACUGAAACCUAUUUUAAACAUACAGGUAGCACCUUGCAAAGUGCUGAAUCAACUGUAUUAUCCUCUUAUCAUAGUUAUAUAUUAUUUUAUAGCUGAAAUUGCACAUUCUUUUCAUACAUUCUUCUUUGAAUUACUUUUGUGUAACAAGAUUAUAAGAAUACAUUACGUGGAAAUCAUCUUUGAGAUUGUGCUGAUUGUCUUUUCAGUGUGAUGUUAAUUUGUUAGGAACAUCAUAUUUUCCUCUUCUUCAUUUGAUGUGAGCCCAGUUUAAUGUGAUCAAAUAUAGUUUUCCUAAAAUCAAAUUUUUCUUAGAUUCUUCAAUAUAGGUUUAUGAAUUCCAUUUGAUUUGUUAAAAACUGUCUAUUCCCACAAUGCAUCUGGACCUACAAAGCAAGCCUAUAAUUUACAUGUCUAACACUAAGUUAGUGGUGUUAAAACCUACAUGUAAGUAGUAGUUUCAUUCAUCCUAUGCUGGGGCUAUUUUCGUGAGCAGAGGUCAAAAGCGAAUGAUAGAUGAUUAUCCCAAGGUGUACAUCUUUUGUUUAUUCAGGGCAAUUCUUGUACAAUGGUGCUGGAGAGGCUGACUACUCUCAUGGGUUUGAAUCUUCUUUACUGCCAUGCAGUGCGCCUCCUUGUGUUUUGCUUGACUAGGAUUUUACUUACGUUGCAUUCAAUUACAUAUGACUUUACUUUACCUAGGUGAAUUCAAUACCUCUUCAUAGAAGCAUUAUGACAUGACAUUUUGUGGGGACCCCAAAGAAUUUAAUAUCAAGCUUACCCUUUCCAUUGUUUUUUGUAGCAAAUAUGAUGGAGCUCCUUUUAUGUUCCUUAAAUGUUCAUUGUGAGCUUUGAUUUAGCCAGUACCUCUGUCCAAUGUUUCCUAUUAACAUUUUCAAUGGAUGAUUUCCAUCAAACUACAUGUAGCUUUUAUUAUUUGUAUAUUGUGUAUAUUGUAUCCUUGCAAUUCAGCCUCUGUAAAUAUCUAUAAGUAGUUCCAUGAAUAACACGCAUUUACCUGUAUAAUUUUAUGUCCAAUGGAAUGAUAUGAUAUGUACAUAAGAUUAACUCUGAUUUACACUUUACAAGCGAGGAAUUAAACAUUAAUUGGCUUGGCAGCAUUCAGUAGAUGUAAAUCAUAGGAAAAAAGUAUGUUAUUCGUGUGUGAGCAGUUACCCUCUGUUUCCCUGCUUGUUUCUCUUCAUUAUGAUAUUUGGUAUUCUUAAAUGAAUUAUGUUUAUUUUCCAUUUCAUAAGGAUGCCUCUUUCUCAAUAAUUUGCCAGUGAUUUGCCAGUGAUGGAAUAUGUAUCUUACUUUGGCGAAGCUGAUUGACUAGGGUCACUGUGGUUGCACAGCAUUUGACAAGGACAUGAUUUCAUAGUGUUUAUGGAGACUACUUUUGAAAAAAAAUUGCUGCGUUUCAUUUGUAAGUUAGGGAUUAGUCCUCAUUAAAUGCUCUCUUUUUUUCUUUUCUUUUUAUUAUUUCAAGAUGAAUAUUGUAUGUGAAUGUACACUAGUGGCAAUUCUUUUUGUUAUGGGAAAUUGUGUCCAUGUCCUGAUGAUAAACGUUAUGUAAAACGAUAAUGGUGUACUGUAUAAUGCUGUAUAUUCAUGCAGUAUUAUGUUUUAUGUAUGAUUCUGUAUGAAAGAAUUACUGCAAUAUGCACUUGAUUUGUUUUAUGAAAUCAGGAGAUACUAUUUUUCUACACAUAGUUUUUUGUAGACAGGUUUGUAACUGAUGACAUGUCUGUUUGUACAAAAAAAAAGAUGAUAGAAUUCAACAACAUUGCAUUUUCAAUGUUCACAUAAUCUAUGUCAAAGAGUUGACCUACUAAUACAGUGCACAGACAUAUUAAAUGUACUUCAGUGGGGACUGCACUUGCCUAAUUUAUAAUAAUGAUAAAAAUUUCAUUUUUUAUGUAGUGAUUAAUACAUUAGACAGCAUAUGUAGUGCUUUAUUACCCCAGCCAUUGGAGUCUGCUUGCUGGCACACGCUGUAUAGAUAUUACACGACAAAAGUGUACUAUUUCCCUGGGGAAUACAUGCCUUAACCAAAUACAUUCAAUUUCUUUUUUAUGGGAACCUUUUUGCAAAUCAGUUGGUCAUCUAAGACUUAAUACAACAAGUUAUUAUCCGAAACUCCAUAGCACAAACCAUGCCUUUCCUUUUGGUAGAGUAGAUGUAGAUGUAGAAUUUUCAGGAAGUGAGGUCUAAAAAUCAUUAGAAAGAUUCUACCUCACAUUUGAUGUAUCGAAAACAGAACUAGUUUUAUACACUGUUAAAAAAAUUUAUCCUUAAAAUAGUAGAACUUCCUGCAGCAGAGUCUCGAGAACACCUGUAAUCUUACCAGAUUGCAUAAUCUUACGUUAUAUUGUGUAAAAUUACAGGAAAUUGGUAUUUGGUGUAUGGAACGUUACAUAUUUCCUUUAAUAAAACACCCUUUUCAGCUUUUUUAACAGACCUGUUCUGUUCAAUUACAGAAAAAUUCCUGUAUUAUGAAUGUACAGAAUGAUUCUGUUAUUGCUUUCUGCAAAAUCUUAUUUUCUGUAAAAUCAGGGGUUUUUUUUUUUUAAGUGUACCAAACAUGCAGUAUUGUCUAAUUUGGGCCUUAAAAUAUUCAGGCCCGAAUUCACAAAGGUGGUAUUGAAAACCCACGGUUGAGUCCAUGGUUUAUGCAGAUUUCCUAUAUAAAUAACGCCUAAUUUAGCUCGUAUCGGGCGCGUGUAUAAGAAAUGUCCAAUGCUGAUGCGCGCUUUUGUCACAAUGCUAGCAUCUUUAAAGAAUUUCUCUGGUUUCAAUCACAACCACCAAUAGGAUGAGGUCAUGUUUAAAAUCAAUUUUGGAUUGCAAUGAGCUAUUGAGCAGUUGUUUGAAUUGGAAAUGGUUUUCUCAAGCUUCUUUCUUUUUCAUGAUUUCGAUUUAUUCAUAGCCUUUGAAUAAAUUGUUGAUUUAAAAUUUAAUGAUCUUACUUGCUUAAUUUCAUUUCUGUACAAUGAUAUAUAUGUACCAUUAGAAGUUUGACGCUAUUGAUAAGUCAUGGUCCAGAAAUUUUAAGAUAAAUUCAUUUCAAUACAAUGAUUACAUGUACAUGUAGUAGGUAGAUAGUACACCAUUCUAUUUGGUUUGAUUUCUUAUCUUUAUAGCAGAUUUUGAUUUUUGUCAGUCAUGAAAUUCCUGACAAUAAUGGACCUCUCUUGUGAUAGGGCAAGCAUUGAAGAAUCUAUUUGAAGUGCCAUUAGUAUAGCUAGUAUACAUGGUGACCAUUUGCUGUAUUCUUAAUCCGUUCUAACUGUUACCUCUGUAUAGUUUACAUGGUAAGAAAGUCAAAUAUAUAUUAUGAUUAUGGUGGUCUCCAUAUUUCGUUUUUGAUGGUCUAACAGUGAACAGAUUGUAGUUAUUCCAAAACGAAUUUGAACAGUUACAGUGCCAAAUGUAGUUAUAAGUUGAGAAUUCACUGAGAUUUUGUGAAACAUUUGGCUGCCCUCGUGUAAAGCACAGGUCUAACCCACUAUUUGGGUUAGACAUAUGUUCAGAAUACAGGCCUGUAUGUGCAUAUGAUCUGGGCCAGGUUACAUAAAAUAUUCUAUUAUAGUAACUUUGCCAUCCAAUCUAACUACCAUGGUAACAUGGCCCAAUAGCCAAUCAAAAUCAAGGAUUCCAUGCAAGUUACCAUUGCUUGGCAAUACAACGGGGGUCCUGCACCUUUUAUUAUCAUUAUUUUUUUUAAAGUAUUGUAGCUAUAAAGAAAUUUAACAUCAGGUUUAUUGUAUCCCUCUGACAUAGGAUGUAUUGUUUAGCGCUAUCCACAUCAGCACUGCCUUAUUCUCAUCAAUAUUUUGAAUUCAAUAAGAGCAGAAACUCCAGGAAACAGUCAUUGAGAAUCCAUAAAUUAGUAAAUUGAAGUGACAAUUUAAGCAUAUCAAAUGUAGAAGAAUUGUUUGCAAUAGAUCGAGAGAUGUACUGUUCCUCAUCCUAGUAUGUUUCCGACUAUACCUAAAUUUUUAUUUUAAUCCAACUUGAAAAUUAAUGUAACAGGGCUCUCGUAUGUACAGUUUGUAGGUUUCUAUUUCUAAUUCCUUCUUGGGUGAUGAUAUCAGAAUAGAAGCAAACAAGGUAUUGAUGUCAUUUGUAUAUAUUUUACUUAUUUCAGAGAUACUGUAUGGUAUAUCAUGGUAUAAUACUCUUAAUAAAAACAGAUGAAAAUUU